AGAAGAAGCAGAAGCAGCAACACGUUUGUACUGAAGUGAAUCAAUCUUUAAUAAUGCAGUCAGCAGAAGUGGGACACAUCGCCCCCAUGGAUAUAAAAGAUGAAGGAUCUGAAGAUGAAGAUUUCUGCUGUGAAGUAUCAUUAAUCCCUCUGGAACUCAUCACCUCUGAUAGACACCUCUCCUCAGUGUACCAAUCACUUGGAGGUGUCCUGCCUCAGAAGAAGGAGGAACCUGAAGAUGAAGAUGAUCUCAGAUUGAACAAGGAUUUCUGCUGCUCCUCGAGUCCACGUUCCUGUACAACCCAAAAUCAUCUCCACAAACACAUCAAGACCCCCCACAGUGUCAAAUAUGAGACCCUGGUGAAGAUUAAGACUGAACAUGAGGAUCUGACGCCCACCAGAAGCUCCAGUGAUCAGCAGACGUCCUCUGGUGCUGUCAGCAUUAACAGCUCUCUCACCAGAGAACAGAACAGAAGGAACAUCUGCUCACAGUGUGGGAAGAGCUUUCGUUCUCCCAGUGCUCUUAAAAUACACCAGCGCAUUCACACUGGAGAAAAACCAUAUCAGUGCUCACAGUGUGGGAAGAGCUUUAGUUAUCCCAGUGCUCUUAAAUUACACCAGCGCAUUCACAGUGGAGAGAAACCGUAUCAGUGCUCACAGUGUGGGAAAAGUUUUAAUCGACAGAGUAAUCUCAAACUACACCAGCGCAUUCACACUGGAGAGAAACCAUAUCAGUGCUCACAGUGUGGGAAGAGUUUUAAUCAACAGACUCAUCUCAAAAUUCACCAGCGCAUUCACACUGGAGAGAAACCGUAUCAGUGCUCACAGUGUGGGAAGAGUUUUAAUCAGCAGAAUGAUCUAAAAAAUCACCAGCGCAUUCACACUGGAGAGAAACCGUAUCACUGCGCACAGUGUGGGAAGAGUUUUAAUCAUCAGAGUUAUCUUAAAAUUCACCAGCGCAUUCACACUGGAGAGAAACCGUAUCAGUGCUCACAGUGUGGGAAGAGUUUUAAUCGACAGAGUGAGCUCAAAAUUCACCAGCGCAUUCACACUGGAGUGAAACCGUAUCAGUGCUCACAGUGUGAAAAGAGUUUUAAUCAUCAGAGUACUUUUAAAAAACACCAGCGCAUUCACAUGGGAGAGAAACCGUAUCAGUGCUCACAGUGUGGGAAGAGUUUUAUUCAUCAGAGUUAUCUUAAAAAACACCAGCGCAUUCACACUGGAGAGAAACUGUAUCAGUGCUAAUUGUGUGGAAAGAGUUUUAAUUAACAUCAGCACACUGACUCGUGAAGUGAACACACGUGUUUUACAUGUUUUGGCUCAAAAAAUAAGAAGACUGACACAGAAAUUCACCAGCGUGUUCACACUGAAGAGAAAAACCACAGAGGAUUCCAAGUUAUAAAGUGUUUGAUGUGUUAUUGUGCUUGUAACACUGUCAGUGUGUUCGAAAACCAGGUCAGGUUAUUCGAACGCAAUACUUAUACAGCGAUUCCAUCGGGUUUCAUGUUUAGCAUUUAGCAUCUUGCUGUUAAAACCAAUGGAUUGAGGUAGCACAGCAUGCUAACAUGUCAAUAGACCAUCUCCCCUUGGUACAAGUUAAAAAUCAAUAAUGAUUGUAAUAAUAAUCAAUAAAGUUUGAAAAU